AUGUACCUGACGCCCCAGCUCCUGGACUGCAACAGCGAUUUCCGUCACCCGGAGGCCUACAACGCCAAACACGAAUUCCACAUCCAGCAUCCAGGAGAACCAGGAAUAAACUCCCGGCCCCGCCCACACUUUCGCAUCCGCCCACACUGCCCCACGCUCUCCGGUCUCCAAGACAUCGCCUGGGUACCCAGCGGCCACCGUAGCACCUGCACCGCGGUAAUGUCGCUCGGCUUUGCGAAGUUACUUUCCGGCAUUUUCCACCUAAGAGUUCAAGGCACUGUCGCAGCCCACAGCCAAGCGGACAUCGCCCAGCAAAACAAACCCAGAUCCGCUGUGGGUGAGGAUGUAAAGAGCCCCCUGCUCGGCUCCCCCACUCGCCGCCUACGAUGUGAGGAGAGGCCAGGGCCAUCAGAAGGCCGCGGCCUACCCAGGGCAGAAAGCACUAUUGUAACAGUGUGGCUUGGAAGGAAAACAGCUAAUUGUCAAGAUGAAUCAUUUUGCAAGUUACAUUCCAGAUUUACGGCCUGCAUCUUGUCUGGAGCCAGGAGGAAGCUUGCUCUUUUCCUCUUCGUCUGUUAUGCAGCUGCCCUGGGAGACCAGGCCGGGGAGUACUGCGUGGCUGACUGUCAGAGGGGUUAUUACGUGGCGGCCGUGUAUGAGCACCAGUCGGUCUUGAGUCCCAACCCCCUCGCUCUCACCAGCCGCCAGCAGGCCUUGGAGCUCAUGAACCAGAACCUCGACAUCUAUGAACAGCAAGUGAUGACUGCGGCCCAGAAGGCAAGAAAUGCUCCUCCGAACAGUCUGAAACUUUUGCCCAGACAGAACCAACUCCAAGACAAAGGCAGGUCAGUGCGUCUUUGUAAAGGCUUCCUGUUGGCUUUAUUUCCUCUCCUGCCAGGAAGCCUAAGGAUGGAGGAGAGGCGCCCCAUAGGGCAGAGGGGAAAUAUUGGUGUCAGAAGUAAGCAGACGCCUGCUGGGGAACCCAUAACUGAAGGAGCCCAGCUGCUUGAGGACCCCCUGCCCCGCCUCCAGGGGAAGUCCGCCCCUGUGCUGGCGCACACAGACGUCCUCCAGUGCCUGAGUUGCAUGGUCAUAAAGGGAGAGAUGUUCUUGGUGACCAACCUUGGGACAAAACAGCCAUGUCAUAGCAAUGACCCAGGGUGCCCAAAUGAUGGGAGAAACCAGUUUAACACAAAUGUAGUUUUCAGCAAUAAUGGAACCCUUGUUGACCGCUAUGAAAACAACCUCUACUUCGAGGCAGCUUUUGAUACCCCUCUUGAGGUGGAUCGCAUCACUUUUGAUACCCCCUUUGCUGGCAGGUUCGGUGUCUUCACCUGCUUUGACAUACUGUUCUUCGACCCUGCUGUCAGACUGCUGAGAGACCCCGAGGUGAAGCAUGUGGUGUACCCAGCCGCCUGGAUGAACCAGCUCCCGCUCCUGGCGGCCAUCGAGAUUCAGAAAGCCUUUGCCACUGCCUUUGGUGUCAACGUCCUGGCAGCCAACAUCCACCACCCGUCUCUGAGGAUGACAGGGAGUGGCAUUCACACCCCUCUGAAGUCUUUCUGGUACCAUGACAUGGAAAGCCCCGAAGGUCACCUUAUCAUCGCCCAAGUAGCCAAAAAUCCACUGGGUCUUGUUGGGACAAAGAACACAACAGGUAAAACAGACCCACCCCACAGUAAGUUUUUAAAAAUCGUGUCAGGUGAGCCAUACUGUGAGAUGGACGCUCAGAAAGUCCUCUGUGAAGCCACCAAGUGGAACGUGGAUGCUCCUCCCACCUUUCACUCUGAGAUGAUGUAUGACAACUUCACCCUGGUCCCUGUCUGGGGAAAGGAAGGCCAGCUCCAAGUCUGUUCCAACAGCCUCUGCUGCCAUUUGCUGUACGACAGGCCCACCUUGACCCAGGAGCUGUAUGCCCUGGGGGCCUUUGACGGCUUUCACACUGUGCACGGCACUUACUACAUUCAAGUCUGCGCCCUGGUCAAGUGUGGGGGUCUGGGCUUCCACACCUGUGGGCAGGAGAUCACAGAGGCCACGGGGGUAUUCGAGUUUCACCUGUGGGGGAACUUCAGCACUUCCUAUAUCUUUCCUCUGUUCCUGACCUCGGGGAUGACCCCGCAAUCCCCUGACCAGCUUGGCUGGGAGAAUUGCCACUAUUUUCUGAGGAAGCGUGGACUGUCCUCUGGCCUGGUGACUGAGGCUCUCUAUGGGCGGCUGUAUGAGAAGAGCUAGGACAAGUGGGUGGGAUCUGGCUGUCACACGGCAGCCCUGCCCUCCACAGGCCACAGGGCAUGUGCACCAGGACCACCUCCACCUGGGGACAGCAGCCACUUCUGUGGCACCACAUCCCCUGGGGGAACGAGUGGGAGAGGCAGGUUCCCUCUUCCUCCUACACAGCAGUGCUAGAGACAUUUUCUGGUAUUUUCUAUUAAUAUGUCUUUUCAAGCCAGGAAAAGAAGCUCUAGCAAAUUUCUCCAUACACAAUUGGUUUUAAGAGCUAAAGCAAAAAUAAAUGUCAGUUGAUAUUUUACACAUCCACAAAGCAGUGA